AUGGCUUUGACCUCUAGUGCUAGUAGUUCAUCUAAAAGAAUGGAUAUAAGUUUUGGUUCAAAUGAUUCAUUUUCUAGAAAUAAAUCAAAAUGCUAUAAGAAAAAUUCUAAGGAUAGUUAUACUUGGUUAUUUUUUGACCUUUUUGAAUAUGAAAAUGACGAUAAGAUAGUGACAAAAGUUCGAUGUUCAAUCAAAGGUUGUAAAAUCUCUGAUGAAUUUAUGAUAUAUGAUUCUACAUUAAAUAUGAUUAAAAUAGGUGAGUAUAAAACUGCUAGUAACAUUGUUAGUACAAUUGAACCUGUAUUAGAAGAAUUUGGCAUUACACUAAAAAGGCUAACAAAACUUGAAAGGUCAAUUAGGUGGUUAGUCAAUGAUCUUGAAAAUUCUACAAAUAUUGAGCAUCAACAUGAUGGCACUACAGAGUUUCUUUCUGAUUCUAAUUAUGCUACUUUAAGUAUUAUGGUACCAACAAGAGAAGAGUUAAUUCAUCAUUUGAAUAAUAUGAAUAGUGAAUCUGGUAUUAUAAAUGAA